AUGGCGGCCAUGGCGACACCAGAACCCAAUGCUCCCACAUUGGAGCAGAAGUCUGCGUCCCCCGAGGUGUCUAGGGAACAAAAGACUGAGCUCAAUGGGCAUAAAUCGGCGAGCCCUAAAGCGGUCGACGACGACACGGCGCCCAAACUUAAUGGUAGCGCAAGCAAACCGGAGAGCAACGGAACGAACGGAGUAACCGAGACCAACGACGAAGCCUCUUCCGACAAGCCCGACGACCCUUCUGCAUCGAAAGCCGACGAGGAAGCCCCCAAGCCCGAAGCAAAGUCAGCCUCUCCAGCCCCUAAGGCUGAGGGGUCUACUCCUGCGCCUGAGUCGAAACAGGACGAGGAUAUUGACAUGUCCGACGCGAAACCUACCGAACCCUCCGCCCCCUCGCCCAACGAACAGAAGCCAGAUACCUCCGCUGAGGAGCCUGUGUCGAAACCGACCGAAGGAGAGCCUGAAGAGAAGGCUGCCGACAAGGGGAGUCUAUGA